CCAAGUUUCAAAGCCUGGCGGCCCGGAGGCCAGCCAGCUAGCAGCAGCAAGAUGAGGCUGCACUGUGAGGUGGAGGUUCUUAGCCGGCACUUGCCGGUCCUGGGGCUCAAGAGCCGAGGCAAAGGCGUGCGAGCGGUGGUGAGCCUGUGCCAGCCGCCGCGCAGGAGUGAGUUGCAGCCCGGGGCAAGGGCCGAGCCCGGCAGCCGCGCCUGCCUGCUGGUCUCCACCAGGAAGGACAAGCAGGGGACCCGCUACGAGCUAAAAGAGAACGUUGAGCAGCUCUUCAUGAAAUUUGUGGAUGAGGGGAAAGCCACCAUCCGGUUAAAGGAGCCUCCCAUGGACAUCUGUCUGAGUAAGGCCAAUCCUGGCAGUUUAAAGAGUUUUCUUUCAGCUUCGAGACUGGCUCAUAGAGGCUGUGACGUCAGCAUACCACUUUCAACUCCCACACCAGUGAAGACUUCAGAAUUUGAAAAAUUUAAAACCAAAAUGGUUAUCACAUCCAAAAAGGAUUAUCCUCUGAGCAAGAACUUUCCAUAUUCUCUGGAACAUCUUCAGGCUUCUCACUGUAGACUUGCCCGACUUGAUAUGCGCAUACUCUGCUUAAAAAACCUGAGGAAGUUAGACCUGAGUCACAAUUGUGUAAAAAAGCUUCCAGCUACAGUUGGAGACCUCACCCACCUUCAAGAGCUGAACCUUAGUGACAAUCACUUGGAGUCAUUUCCCGUGUCCUUGUGUCAGUCCACACUCCAGAAGUCACUUCAGAGUUUGGAUCUCAGCAAGAACAAACUCAAGGCACUCCCUGUGCAGUUUUGCCAACUUCGGGAACUUACACAUUUAAACCUUAAUGAUAAUGAAUUGAUUCAGUUUCCUUUCAAGAUAGGACAGCUAACAAACCUUCGUUUUCUGUCAGCAGCUCGAAAUAAACUUACAAUUCUACCUUGUGAUUUUAAAACGCUAUCCUUAGAGUACUUGGAUCUUUUCGGAAAUACUUUUGAAAAGCCAGGAGUCCUUCCAGUUAUAAAGCUUCAAGUACCAUUAACUUUAUUGGAGUCUUCUGCACGAGCAGUACUGUCCAAUAGGAUUCCAUAUGGCCCUCAUAUCAUUCCUUUCCAUCUUUGCCGAGAUUUGGAUACUGCCAAAACCUGUGUUUGUGGAAGAUUUUGUCUAGAGUCUUUCAUUCAAGGAACUACUGCAAUUAAUCUACACUCUGUUGCCCACACCGUGGUCUUAGUAGAUAAUAUGGAUAGAAUGGAAGCUCCUAUUAUCUCUUACUUUUGUUCUCUAACUUGUUAUGUAAAUUUCUCUGAUAUGUUAAAAUAAUUAGUGGUAUAAAAGAAACUUCUUUAGAUGUACAUGGUUGAGUAUUUAUAAUUUAACAGUAACAAAUUGGAGAAAGGAGAACUUUUUGUAUAUUUGCAC